AUUGGUCCCACUUUGACUAUACAUAAUAAAGAGGCAACUGUCGAUCCUAACCUAUUGAUUGAACAAGUCAAUGAAGUCCGUCCAUUUCCAAGUCUUGAGAUUGAGACAGAAACAUCCUACAACUUCUUCAAUAUAUAUAACAAAAUUUGGAUCAAAGAAUUUAGACACACAAGCAGAAAAAGGCAGCUUAAAAAAGAGAGAGAUGGGAGUGGUCAGUUGCAGCAAUGAUGGGUACCUGAAUGAUGCUAAAUUCAGCGAGCCCUUGCCAUGGAUUGGCAUCUACAUAGCUGCAGCCUCUUUGGUCUGCCUAUUAGCGAUGGCUGCCGAUCUCAUCCACGGUAUCCGCCACAGAAAAUUCUGGUUUCCCUAUCAGCUUGCAAAGCUAAGUAGUGCUGUGUUGAUGUGCACCAUCAUGGCUAAUUGUAUGCCUUCUCUUGGAUCUAUGGAAAAUCAAGAAAUCUUUAUGAACGUUAUGGCUUUGGGGAUUCUUGUUAUUACCCUUAUCGUAAACGUUGGUAUGGAGAUGGGUACUGGAGUGAUCUACGUUUAUAUGAAAGAGCAUGUUUCCAUUCUAAUACUGAUGCUUGUUUUGCUUGGUAUCUUGAACUUUUCUGCUUCAGUUGUCCCAUCAACUAAAAGCUACCUGGAAAUGAAGUAUAGCGUAAGACAUGAGUUAGCAUCGAAAGAGUGUGCUUUAAAUGGAAAAGGAAACAAAGCAGUAAUUGAAAGACUCAAAGAGGGUUUAAUGAAAUAUUGGAUGAUGGCUCAAACCACCAGCCCCCAGUUUGUGAUGGGUCGGUCCGCCACAUGUACUGCUUCUGGGGCAAUCUGUCUUCUUAGUGCUGCAAUUUUAGCUGAGGCUAUUCUUACAUCCUACCUGUUGAAGAGAUCAUUUAAGUUCUGUAAUGGCCAGUCUGAUUAUAAAUGGUCGAUCACUUUUAUCCUGGUGAUACAGUGUGUUGCAGUGGUAGUAGGGACUAUUGCCCCAGCAAUCAGAUGGUUUACAGCUAUAAAAUUCAGGUGUCCAAAGCUGAGAAAAGGGGGUUACAAGAAGGAAUUCAAAUUAGAAUACUACUGGAUUCGAUAUCUAGUAGAAAUGAAAGAGGCCCCAUUAACUAUCAGGGUUAAAAAUAGAAGAUGCAGAAAGCUUGCUCAUAAUGCAAAAAACAAGUUUCUGGAUGGAUGCAUUAUCCUACAAACAAUAAUAGUGUUCACAAGCAAAGUGAUUCGACUCAUUUCCAUUUUCUUUUUCAGAGGAAUCUUCUCAUUCUGUGACUGUUUCAAAAGUUUGAAAAACAAACUGUGUUUUAACAGCACCAAUUCUCUCAACAAUUCAGGGUCAGAAGUUGAUGCUGAUUCACAGCUAGAUCUAAGUCGUUUUGUUCUAUAUCUUGAAGGUGAAGAUGAUCUAGUUCAUUUCAUGGUAACAAACAAUUAUCAUGCGGUACAUCAUUGGAUUCAAAAAGGGAAGAAGAAAAAACCUAAGAUUCUCAUUCAACUAUUGGAAAGAACAAUCAUGUCACGAGGUUUCAAAGGAGUGGUGGAGUUUGACAACCAUCAAGUUCCAUGUCUAGAUUCCAAAGAGCCCCAAAAUUGCUGGGCUCUUCCUGUGGUGACAUUAACAGCCAUAGCAAUUUCUCUUCCAAACAUAAGUCGUCAUUUAAUCAAACACUUGGUGAACGGAGUAAAUGAAGGUCUCCGAUACAUAAGACUGGUUGAGGAUUGCUUCGACAAGGAAGGGGAUUUCGAAAACCUAAAAAAAGCAGCUGAAAUCGUUUGGCUAGGAAUUGAUCUCCACAAUAAAUGGCUGGACAUAGAUCUCCACAAAAUUUCACAUCAUAAGGAAAGUCCAAAAGAAAUUCUCGAACAACUUUCACAUCAAGCAAAGAAAAUCUACUCCGCGGAGAGGACGACUAAUCAACUUCUAUGCUUGAAGCUAAGUACUUCAAAAUGGCCAAUCAAGAUAUUGGCUGCAAACUGUAUGUACAGAAUAAGCGAAUCAAUGCUGCUAAAAUACGAAAAGAAUUACAAGUGCACAAAUGAACAAUUGUUCACGGAAAUCGAAGCCAUGAUUUCUGCCAUAAUGGGAGCUUGCUCGACGAAUUUGGAGAAAGUGAUAUCAACGAAAUGUGCGAACUGUGUGAUUGAAAAGCGAGAGAAGAGCGUGAGAAAAGCGGCUUACAUUCUUGGGAAAACAGGGAGGAUUUUGGACCUCAUUGAGAAGGCGACACUUCCAGCACUUGAUCCACAUCAAAUGGCAAGCAUUGAUGAAUGGCGAUUGGCUUACAAGCUGGAGAUCUAGCACUUCUGCAAGGUGAAGCCGCCAUAACAAGCUGGCUUCUCUGAAUUUGAGAGGAGUUGAUUUGAUGCAAUGCAACAUUGAACAAAGAAGUACAAAACAUCUUCAUGGGAGAGGCAAGUAGAAAACCAAGAAAUAUAUAUAAUGGUUAGUUCAUGAAACAUGUUUUGUAAAGUUUAAAUUAGUCAUGAACUAAUUUGUACUAUAGAUCUCAAGUUAUAUCCAACCUCACAAACUUUGUAUUAAUACCAAUAUUCAAUGCUACCCAUUUCUGAGAAA